CGGCCGUUUCUGGCUUUGCGAUUGAUAUCCUUGGUGAUCUUGCGCGGCAACGGAGACGGGAUGCAGCAAGGCAACUUUGGGAGCAACAAUCGGUACGGAUCGGGGUUGCAGCAGCAGCAGCAAGGAGGCGGCAAUUUCCAGGUGUACGGGGGCAUGAACCCGGGUGGUCCUCCACUGGGAGGACAGGUCAACACUGGGCAGCAGCUGGCAGCGCAAGGGAUAGUGUGGACCCCGCCAUCACCCCAGGAGAAGCAAUACUACGACAUGCUUUUCCAAGUAGCCGACGAUGAGCACACUGGCUCCAUCGGCGGUCGCAGCGCUGUCAUGUUUUUCACGAAGUCUGGGUUGGACAAAUCCAUUCUCCGCGAGGUGUGGACCAUUGCAGACUCGCGGCAGACGAGUUUCCUUCAACUGAAUGACUUUUAUGUCGCCAUGAGGUUGAUCGCGAUGGCACAACACGGCCAUCCCAUGACCUUGACCCACUUCUACGCGCUUGCAGCCUCGCCGUUUGCGCUGGCGCGGCUCGAAGGCGUCCCUCCCCCUCAAGUACAACAGCAGCACCAAUCGCCAGCUCCUCUUGCGACAUACUCCAUCACAAGCGACGAAAAGACCAAGUAUCAGACCAUCUUCGCCCAGUACGACACGGACCACGAUGGGUUCCUCCUCGGCCAGGACGCCGCUGCGCUCUUCCAGAUGUCGGGCAUGGAUCGCAAUGACCUCCGGACAAUCUGGGCACUCGCCGAUCGGACGUCCGACGGUCGGUUGGACUUGACCGAGUUUUACAUCGCGAUGCAUUUGAUUGUGUGUGUGACGAAGCGAGGGAUGGUACUGCCCCAGACUCUUCCAUUGGAACUUGAGCAGUCGUUGCGAUCGACCGGAUCGUUUUCACAGUCGGGGUCGGGUCACUUUUCAACAAUCCACCAGGCCAUGCCGCAGCCUCCAGCCCCGCCGCAAGGCAUGUCUGCGUUUGACGAGCUAGAGUCCCCAGUGUCUGCUGUACCGACAGAGCAGCCAACCAGCGGGUUUGGGCAGGGAGAUCGAUCGAGUGGUACUUUUCAACAUGCCCCCUUUGCAUCACCUGGAGGUCCUGCCACUACCACCGGUGGGCUCAACGCAUCCGAGAACGGGACGCAAAGCCGUGGCUCAAUCGCAGGUGGGAGUUUUGGCAAUGCUGCUGACUCUUCCCUACGCCAAAGCAGCUGUGGGAAUCAACCGUGUCUUGUCGGUGCUGGUGCAAUGGGCCAGCCAUCCAAUUUUGGUAGCCAGCACCCGAGUGGCAUCCCGCCUUCUUCUGCUUUUGGUAGCCAGCGCCAAGCCAGCUUUGGGUCCCCCGCCUUGGAUGGAUGUAGCAAGCAGGCCCCGCAAUCCAACAGCAUUGGUGCGCCAGCCGCGCCCUCGGCAACGGGCAAAACUAUAUCCCGCCAAUCCAGCUUUGGAAACUCCACGCCGGCGGCAAUGGAUGGGUUUGGAAAACAAGCCACCCACACAAACAGCUUCGGUGACUUUGGUGUUUCGUCCGUUCCGGCCCCACCGCUUGCUCCUCCGCCUGUGUCUAGCUUUGCCAGCAAUUCACGACAAGCGAGCUUUGGGGCGCAAUCGUCGAGCUCAGUGUCUUCCGCGAUGGACGGGUUCGGAAAGCAAGCGCCUCACUCCAACACCUUUGGUGCCUUUACAACCACUCCGCAAAGCAAUCCAUCCCCUCUGAGUGCAGGAUUAGAAUCUUCCAAGGGUGCGAACUCGUUGUGUGACUUUGGCUCACCGUUGACGACGGCAGUGCCACCUCCUUCUGGAGUUGGCAGUGUGACGGCGCCAACAAGCCCUGGUGACUUUGGAAACUUUGGAAUGGCUGCGCCUGGAGCUCCUGCCACGACUGGAUUCGGUAGCACUUCUGGCCAACAAACUGGAACGGUCGGGGCUUUCGGUGUUAACUCGCCAGUUCUAGCUCCAAAGUCAUCGAGUGUCGUAGCUUCUGGCUUUGGAAGCACUUCGCACACCCGACCGGAUGAAUUUGGAGACUUCAGUUUGCCUCCAGCACCGUUAGCAGUGGCGCCACCACCGACUUCCAGCUUUGCCAGCAUGACACCACCUAGCAAAUCAACCGACCUCGCUGCUUCUACAUCUCAGUUCCAAAGCAAGGGGCCUCAACAACCUGUGUCUGGCGACAAUUUUGGCGACUUCGGGCACGCUGCCGCCCCUUCCACUACUGCCACGCAACCGCCUGUAGCCUCUGGGUUUGGCAGCGUUCCGAAUGCAGCUCCGUCGUCGUCUGUAUCGACUGCAUUCGAUGACUUCGCAUCGCCGACGAAUGCAUCUGAGUUUGGAGACUUCAGUGGCGCGUCGACGUUCUCCCGUUCUGGUGGAGAAUUUAAUGCUUUUGGAGCAUCAACCCAAGAGCCUUCGUCUGUCUCUUCUAGCUUUGCCCAACCGUCGAAUGACUUUGGCGGGUUUGGUAUCUCGCCCCCGUCAACAUCGUCACAAGUGGUUGCCGCAUCAGUCACAUUUACCAGCAACAAAGCCAGCAGUGUCCCUACACCCCCUGCGUUUGGAAGCACCCAGCCCGAGGCAAAGGUCUUUGGAGAGUUCUGCGCGACUUCAGCGACCCCCGCCAGCUUUAGUUCGAACAAAAUCACGUCCGGCUUUGACGAUUUCCCGUCGCCAACUAACUCGUCUGGCUUUGGCGACUUCACGUCGUCAUUCCCGCCAGCCCCGGCAUCGGAUUUUGGGGAUUUUGGUUCAAACCCUGCGCCAACGUCCUUUGGACGCAACCUGGCCCCGAGUGUCAGCGACUUCAGCCUUUCGUCUCCUGCAGCAAAUGCAUUUGCCCCAAUCUCCUCGACGCCGUCUUCUUCCGCACCUGGAGACAUUGCCCACCGGCCAUCGGACGUUGCCGGUUCAUCCACCGCCGCUCCAUCAUUGAGCAGCGGUUUCGAAGACUUUCCAUCUCCCAUCUCGACAACUACGUUUGAAGGUUUUGGGUCGACGAAGCAGACUGAAUCGCCUGGAUUUGGUCGGCCUUCGGGUGGUUUUGGCGACUUUUCUGCCGUACCAACCGCGGUCGCGCUUCCAUCGUCCAACUCUGAACCACUGCUUGAUUCCCCACCCGAGAACGCUGCUGCCGCGACCGCGCGUGAGCUGGACGCGGCGAAUGCAAGCCUUCUCCGGUCGCUGACUCAACUUGCUGUAUCUCAAAAGAAUGUCGUCCAGGUUGCCCACAUCCAGCACUUGGCAACCAACCUCCUGCGACUCACGGCCCAACGCGAUCAACUCCGCGCCGCACAAUCGACCGACCCAUCGUUGGCCUUGACGAUACAGCGCCUGAUCGACGACGAGCGCGCAUUCAUCAGCACGACGUCGCAAGUCCUCCAAGAACUCGAGCAGCAGCAAAAGCAACAAAAAGCACUGUCGAGACAACCGUCGUCAUCGUCGAGCCAUUCGACGGGAAACUCUGGAUAUGGAGCGUUUGAAUUCUAAUACGAGUCCGUGUCACCUGAA